AUGAAAAAGCUAACGAAGGAAGUGGCCGACCAACAGCGAGUCUCGGUCCCAGACGAUAGACAACUCGAGCAACUCACCCAGUUAAGGGUGCAGAGGGCCAGAUACGCGGAGAUUCGGAGGCGACUCCUACGCCUGGCGAGCCAUAUCAGGGAGUGCAUUGUAACCCUGCUGAGGCCAUACAGUUAUCCCCUUCACCCAGUUGUGGUCUACCGACUGGCCAACUAUAAAGCGAGAUUAACGGGGAUCAUGGAGAAUCUGCGGACCCUACAGGCUGAGGAGCGACUGGGUCGGCACGAGGAGCGAUUGUCUGGCGCCACGUAG